CGCAGUCACAAAGCGCCUUUUGCGACUGGGAAAUUAUGGCGGGAGUCCAUGUUUCUGGACCGGGGCCUCCCAGUCAUACUUCCCCAACCAAACUUGCUCUCCCUAGUACCUCCCGUAACCAGGCACGUGAUGCUGAGUCUCGCAAGGAGAAAAAAAUUGGACACAGACGUGUUACAGAAGAAGGGACUGUUACGUACAAGAAGAAACCUACAUCAGAACUCCAAGGAGCUAUUCAACUUGGUAUACAACAUCAUAUUGGAUCAUUACAACAAAAACCUGAUCGUGAUCUUUUAUAUGGGGAUUUUAAUAUUAUCGAUACAGUUAAUUUUCCUCGUGAAGGCACGAAAACAACACAAGCCCAUCCAUAUUCAGAUUUCCGAUUUAGAAUUUAUGCUCCUGUGGCUUUUCGAUGUUUCCGAAAGUCAUAUAAAUUGGAUAUUCGUGAUUUCUUAAACUCUUUAUGUAGCCAAUCACUUCAAGAGCUUUCAAACCCCGGUGCAAGUGGUUCCAUUUUUUAUAUUAGUCAAGAUGAUGAAUUCAUUAUUAAAACUGUACAACAUAAAGAAGGUGAAUUUUUACAAAAAUUACUACCGGAAUAUUUUAUGAAUUUAAUGCAACACCCUCGUACUUUAUUACCGAAAUAUUACGGUCUUUAUUGUUAUCAGUCUGGACAUAAAAAUAUCCGAUUUGUUGUUAUGAAUAACCUACUACCUUCUUCUGUACGUAUUCAUGAAAAAUAUGAUUUAAAAGGAUCUACUUAUGGUCGCCAGGCCAGUGAUGCUGAACGCGCUAAAAGUUCACCAACUCUAAAAGAUCUCGAUUUUAUUGAGAAUCAUCCAGAUGGAAUCUGGUUAGAGGCAGAAACUUAUGAUGCUCUCCUCAAAACGAUAGAGAGAGAUUGUCUCGUGCUCAAAUCUUUUCGAAUUAUGGACUACUCCCUUCUAUUAGGUAUACACAAUUUGGAUCAAGCUAAACGUGAACGACUCGCUCGUAAACAGGCAUCUGAAAAACAAACUACUGUAAAUCAACGUGGUGAUGAAUCAUCUGACUUAUCUCCGAAUUCAAUCCCAAAAAUGAAGUCGAAUGGAUUAAUAUCUCAUAUUUCUAAUAAGAGUAAUGGAAAUAACACUAAUCAAUCUUCUUCGCCAUCAAACGAUGUGGGUAGUGGUGGACUUUUAGGUGCUGUCAAUGAAAGCAGUAAUAAAACAUCACCAUCUCCAAACGGUUCACAAUUGCCUACACGUCAUGCUCAUUUCACAUCCGGUGUUGAUGAUGAAACGAAAACACCAAAUGAUCAUAAUACUAAUAAUGAUGAAGAUGAUAAAUCGGUGUUUCAACGCGGCGUACAUAAAUCACAUUCACAAAAACGUGUUGUUGCUUAUUGUACAGCUAUGGAGUCCAUUAAAGCAAGCGCAGAACCGGUUGAAUUAGAAUCGGAAGAACGCGAACUUAUUCCAUCUGGAGGCAUUCCUGCACGUGAUACUAACGGUGAUCGAUUGUUGUUGUAUAUUGGUGUUAUUGAUAUUUUACAAAGUUAUCGAAUUUUAAAGAAAAUGGAACAUGGUUUCAAAUCUUUGGUAGCUGAUGGAAAAACUAUUUCUGUCACACAUCCGUUAUAUUAUGCUCAACGUUUUCAAGAAUUUAUUGGUCGUACAGUUUUCAGACGUAUACAGUCUCUUGAUGAACCGAAUGUUUUUGGACCGCAAACAUCAAGAUUCAGGCGAUAUGCUCAUAUGGCAUUAAAGCAGAGUACUUCCAAACGUCUUCAUCGUCCAAUGGCUGCUAUCAAAACUCUAGAUGAUACUAUUGAUUUGGCUGACAAAGGAACAACAUAUGAAAGCGGUAAAUCGACAGAUGUUUCACCUUUGUAUAGAUCAGAUCGAAACAACUCAACUCAAACGCUCCUCUACCAUACAUCGUUUAGUAACAUCAGCUUUACAAAAUCUGAUGUGUGGUGUCCAUCCAAAGUCCGAAGUUGUAACGGUACGUACUCAAGAAAAAACUCAUAUCUUAGUUCAUCAUCAAAACAACCUUAUGCGAUUAGAAGUAAAUUGGGAUCCAAUUCCUCCAACAUUAUGCCAAUCACAAAAAUGCCGAACCGGUACCGUAGUACGGGCGAACUCAAUCGAAGGAUCUCCACCCCGGAAUCCUCCAUUUCUACCAUGUCGUCUGACAAUGGUCAAGGAUCAAUUACAGGAAAUAAUUACAGUAGAAGAUUUAAACCACAAUCCGGAUACAGAUCUACCACUUUAAUAUCUUCAUCCAAUAAUAAUCAACGUAUCGCACAUUUUUACGAUAUAUUAGCAUCUGAUUUUGAACGUACACCUAGUCAAAUUAGUUUCAGUACAUCAAGUUCAAGUGAUAAAUAUUCACAUACUACUGAUAAACAUACUAAUGAUAGCCAGAAUAAUCUACUAUCAUCAUUUAACAAAUCAUCUUAUUAUGACCAUAAUUUAUUACAAAUAGCCAAUAAUCAACCAGAAUCAUGUGGUAUUAUACAAAGUAGCCAUCAAAUCACAUCGCAUAAAGUACUUCCGUCAAAUAAUAAUAAUACAUUGAAAAUAAAUAAUGAAUCGUCUGAUUCGAUAAACAAUAUUAAAAAGAGACAAUCUAAUCGAUUUAGUCAAAUUGAUUGUGCAUCAUUAGAGAAAUUUAUGAAUGAUGCUUCUUCAACACUUUCCUCUCCCAUCUAUGACCCUUAUGGGAUGGCAUUUAAAAUCCCUAGUUGGUCAUCAUCAUCUUCUACAACUGCUUAUCAUCAUAACCAUCAUCAACCAUAUAAUCGUCGUCAUCAUUUACCAGUCCUAAUUCUUGAUAAACAACAAGAUUGUCCAAUGCCUUCUUCACGUAGUUCUAUUAAAUCAUCUGGAAGUACACCACGACCUGUCCCAAUACUUAGUGAAUCAUUUAUAAGAAAGCGUCAAUGUCGAAAAGUGAAUUAAAAAAUCUCCCAACAGAAUAAUAGCAUCUAAACAAAAUAUACUUGUACAUAAUACUCGUCGUUACUAAUCAAUAAAGAUUUGUUAGCUAUCUCCAAACUUAUCUCAUAAAAGCGAUCUUUUUAAUUAUUUAUAUACAUUUUCUUUUGCCAUCUUGUAUUACAUUUACAUCAUAUUGUUUGUUGAUUUUCUCAAUGUUUGCCUCGUCAUUCGUAUUCAAGAGUAUGAAUAUUAUAUAUAUAUAUAUACUCAAUACAGUCAUUCUAACAAUAAAAUUAUUGUAAACACUUACACACCCCGUAUAGUUUAUCCAAAUUGUUGUUGUACAUACAGGGAUACACACACAUAUAUAUGUAUUCUUUACUAUGUGACAUAUCUUUCGAUAAUUAUAUGUAUACAUUAUAGAAAUCUUGUCCUUGUUUUUACACUUGCAGUCAUCUACUUUCUAUGUGUUUUUUUUCUUCAAUGUUAACAAUGAAAUAUUCAAUUUGUACAUUCCAGUUCAGUCUAAAUCUUUAUCCUUUUGUUCUAUUUGUCUUUAUACUUUUUCUUUCCAUGAUAUGUGAAAGAUUUGCAAUUUUUGAUUAUUUUUUUUUUCGUUGUUUAAUGGUCUGAAUAAAAUUACUGUCACUGUCGUAUAUUAUUCUACACAAAUCACGAUCAUGUAGCUGUUCAAAAAUUCAUUGUACAAGUCAUCAGAGUGUGAAUUUUGAUCUUUUUUCUUUCUUUCAUUUUACUAAUAGUUGGUAACUAAUACAAAUCGAUUCCUGUUGUUAAUUCAUUCAUGAAUAGUAUACAAGUAAACUGAUGGAUAGAUGGAUAUUACUCCGUCAAGGAGUGAGUGGGGAAAGUAUGGAUAAUAAUCCCUUCUUUACAUUCCCUAAAAUACCAGUUGUACUCAUUUCUUGACAUCUUUCUAUAUUAGUCACAUAUAGGUUUUUUAAAAUGAUGUUUUCAUUUAAUCAUUGAACAAUUCUAUCCAUAUAUGUUUAUCUGUUAUGUUUUUUUUUUCAACAAGUGUCUUUUCACCUUGCUUUUCAGAAUGUCAAAUUUCCAGUGUAUAGUUAGUUGUUCAGUGUAUGAAUGUUUGUCUCUGUAUAGUAAUAGUAGUAGUAAUAGUAUUACGCAAUAAUUCGUUCAAUCAGUGUUUACUUCUACCCUUGUAUUUCAUUCAUCCUAUUCCUUCACCUUUAUUUAUUGAAAUAUUUGUUUCGUUAUAUUUAGAUUUUUGCUUAAACAAAUUCUAUCACUGGUGAUUAUACUGCUGUUUUUUUUUCUCUCCUUUUAAUGUUUGUUUUUAUUAUUGGUCAAAAAGUGUUUUCACACAUGAAUAAUGAACUUUUUCGCUUUACCUACUUAUUUUCAUGAUCAACAUCAUCCUAAUUUGUGUUAAAUGAUUCAUGUUUUUAGUAAUGAGGAUGGCAUUUUUAGUUUUGUUCUCUCUUGUUCUCCCCUAAUUAUUCUCAUUAUUAUUACCAUUGGUAGUCAUGAACAAUGAUGACAAUAAUGUAAUAACAAUCUAACUAUCAUACGCACAUGUUAUUUUUCCUAUUCAAUUGAAUCUGUAUUUUGUCAACUCUAUGUGUUUGUUUCAGCGUUUUGUUCUAUUUUCUUCAAUUUUUCGAUGGUUUAAUAUUACUAUGUGAUGAUUGUACAUAUUUGUUUUGUGUCUGGCAGUUAGUGAUAUAAUUUAUUCCAUUGAUUCAUUUAUACCUGUUUAUUUACAUACAAAUGAUUACUACUUAUUAGUAUUCAGUAGUAUCUUCGCUUUCGAUCAAUAGUUAUCUAUAGUUUACUAUUAUCUCUGAAAAAAAAACUUUUUAACGUAUACUUUUGUCACAUAUGUUAUUACCACUACUACUACUACUACUACUACUACUACUGAUCUGGUCAAAUCUUAUCGCUAUCUUUUUUUUCUUCACUAAUCUCCAUCUAUUUCUCAUGUUUAAGGAAGUCUAGAACAUUUUUAUAGUCUUGAAAAUUAAAUCCUCCUCUCUACUACCCUUAUUAUAUAUAAUUCAGCUUGUCUCGGACAUGUAAUCGAAACAGUUUUAUUUCCGUUUUUCUCCACUUAUUCUUAAUAUGUUUUGCUCGGCCAAAAAAUCUCGUUCAUUUAUCUGCAGAAUGCUAAGUAUUUAAAAAAAUUUAACUUAUCAUUGUUAUAAUUAACCACUGUUAUUCUUAUUUGCUUGAUAUUUAACGAAAAGAUAUGUUUAUUACAUAAAAUAAUUAGUUCUAAAACAUUGCAUUCAUAGAGAAGUACACAAUUAGAUCGUAGGUAAAGAGUAACACAUUUAAUAGUUUACAUCAAGAACUAAUCUUAGAUCACUAAUGGAAAUCAGACUUCAUUGGACAGUUGUUUCAUCCUUGUGUGAGACUUAUCAGCAGUAUGUGCACACGUUCUUGCUAGGGAUCAAACUCAAUACUUUUGAAUCACUGAGUUGAUAAUCAAGGAUUCAUAGUUUCUACUUCAGUUUAUUUGUGAUGUGCAAUCAUUUUCUAACUUCACUGGCCGAUGACCAGUAUUUCGUGGUUUUUCAAGAAGUAUGUAGGGGUGGAUAUUUAAUAUUAUCCCUAAACUUCGUAUAUUGUUCGUCCU